UUUACAAACAAUGGCUGAGGAGCAACCUCCAGCAUGCGACGAAACGCCCGUCCCCCUUCUCCUAAUGCCAGCGAACAUAACAGAGCCAGUUAAAGAGAAGGUUCCCGACAAGCAGCGAGCUGAUACGAAAGCGUUAGCCCGAGACAAAAACAGACUAAACAUUGGAGCUGUUUUUCACAGGUGGAAGCACGUACGGGAACAGAGAGGAUUCAAAACAGAUGCAGAGUUCGCCACAUUUCUGCUGGACAGGACAGAGGAAAUUACUUGUUUUCCACGUGAGUACAAAGGAUAUGGUUCGACAUCAGAAGAGGAAACAGCAAAAGAGGAUGGUUGCUAUGAUGACAGCGAUGUUCAGGAUUACGUUCCCCCUGUACAUGUUCGCGCUGGCUGCCUGAGUGCUCCCAAGUCGGUCACCAAACAGGUCACCGUGCAUGAUGCUGUAGAUGCAGAACAAACAGAACAGCCACCAGGAGCAGAAACAAUCCACGUUCAGAGAAACAAGCCUUACCAUCUGCUUGGAAAUCAACACAAGGAUCAGGAGCAAAAACCUGAAAACACCUGUUCAGCAGAUCAGUCUUCCUGGACACCAGGGGCUUCCUCCAGACCUCCAUCGUAUGAGCUGGAGCUCACUCCGUCUGUCUCACAUCACAACACGCCAAAGAAAAUAAACCGGAAUGAGACGAACACUGAUGAAAAUCCCAGUGAAGACCACAGACCUGAAACACAGGAUCACAGCACGGCACCCACAGGAGAAACUCUCACUCUAGAACCUACCAGUGUACAGAGCAGCUCCCAGGAGCUUUGUAAACCAAAGAAGACGUACUACUGCACGACCUGCGAAAGAGUGUUCCCCCGGCACAACGCCCUGAAACGACACCUCGUGAUUCACUCGGGAAAAAGACCUUUCAAAUGCUUCAUAUGUGGGAGAGGAUUCACCCAGGGUGGAAACCUCAAGACACACAUGAAAGUUCACAGAGGAGCGCUACCAAAGUGGACAUUAAUUCAAGAGAAGAGCGAGCCUAAAGCAUCUCCUGCUACAGUUCACGUGUGUGGGGAGUGUGGAAUGGACUUCCCUGAGAAACAUAAGCUAGAGGAACACCGCGAGACUCACUGGAAGCCCUUCGCAUGUCCUGACUGUGGGAAGAGAUUCAAACAUAAUAAGAGUGUUAAAAUGCAUAUGCGCCUCCACUCAGGAGAUUUACCUUAUCUCUGUUCAGAGUGUGGGAAGACUUGCGUCACGAUGGAAAUGCUUAAAAAACACAAGUUAACCCAUGCCGGAGAAAAGAACUACCACUGUGAUCAGUGUGGGAGGGCAUUUUUGCAAUCUUACAACCUCAAUUUGCACCUGAAGACUCACACCGGAGAGCGACCUCACCUGUGCUCGAUCUGUGGGAAACGUUACUCCAGAGCAGAUACCCUAAAAGUUCACCUGAGAGUUCACACCGGAGAGAACCCGUAUGCGUGUAAGAUAUGUGGGAAGUGUUUCUAUUACUAUCAGGGCUAUCAAGCGCAUGUGAAGAUUCAUGACAAGAAGCCAAAAACAUCCAUGAGAACUUUGGGGAGACCGAAACAGCAGCUGAUAGUGGUAAACAAACAAAUGAAGGCAGUUCUGAAGAUGGGCUCUGAAAACCCAGAAGACUUUGGUUCAGUUGUGAUCCUUACUGAAGAUGAUCAGCAAGAGAUUGGAGGGCUGAUCAACUCUGAUGGUGAAGAAGUCGAUUUCUCAGAUCUGAGAGUGAGUGCCAUCCCUGGCGUCAUACCUGCAGAUGCUCCCUCAAAGACAUUUGGUCCAAGCGAGAAUGAAAAACCACCUUCUCUUCACAGCUGCUCAGUAUGUGGGAAAGACUUUCCUUAUGCCUCUAAGCUUCAGCGUCACCUACGUACUCACUCGGGAGAGAGGCCUUUCCCGUGCUCCAUGUGUGAGAAGAGAUUUCCAGAAAAGGGGCUUCUCAUGAUCCAUGAAAGGGUUCACACUGGGGAAAAGCCAUUCCCUUGCACUUUCUGUGAGAAAAGAUUUGCCAGUCAGGGGGAGCUCCGGCUACACCGGCGGACACACACUGGUGAGAGGCCUUACCACUGCUCCAUCUGUCUAAAGAGCUUUUCACGUCACUGGCACUUGAAAACGCACUUGGAGGCAAUGCACUCUGAGGUUGUUGCAGGCUUUACGAGGAAGAAAUUUCCCUGUUCAGACUGUGAGAAAAGCUGUAACUCAGCUGCUGAAUUGAGGGAUCAUCAGAGGACUCACACUGGAGAAAGACCCUUCCAGUGCUCUUUCUGUGACAAACGCUUCGCCUUGUCAGGUACACUUGUAAGACACGAGCGCCUCCAUACUGGCAUCACGCCUUACCACUGCUCUGACUGCGGAAAGACAUUUGCACAGCAGUGGACCCUGACCACACACAUGCGGACUCACACGGGAGAGAAACCUUACAGCUGCACACAGUGCGAUAAGUCUUUUGUUGCUCCUGGAGAGCUUCGGAGGCACACCAGGAUUCACACUGGGGAAAAGCCGUACACCUGCGCAGACUGUGGGAGGCACUUCUCAUUGGCAGGAACUCUCAGAAACCAUAAACGGUCAUGCACACAGAACAAGAAGGAGUCGGAUGCAGAGGUUGUGUCAGACUUAGUUCAGGCUGCAGCUGAAGAAUCUUCCCAGCGAGAUCUGGCCAGCAGCAUCAGCUCUGAGGUGUCUGUCAGUCAGACUGUGCCUUGUGCAACUGAGCCCACUUCCUCAGAGGGUUUUAAAAAAGCAGCUCAGUGUGAAAAUACCCCGGAAGGACCCAUCGGCCAGCCGGACGACACUGCUCCCACCCCACAUAUGAAUGUAAUCGUGAAAGAGGAGGAAGAAGAGGAACCAUUGUGCGUGGAAGAAACUCCAGAGCAGGUGUCUGUUGGUGAGGACUGUACCAUACCAGAAGAAACUGAAAAGCAGCGUCAGGAAAGCACCACAGAAAUUAGUAUUACAGUAAAGGAGGAAGAACAGCAACCUCUCAAUAUGUCUGGAAAAGAUCCCGAGCGUGUUGCAAACAGUGAAAAAGAAUGCCCUCCAGCACCACCAGUGCGAGGACAGUCAAAUAACAACAUACCAAAGAGCUCUUACUGCUGUGGCCUCUGUGGAAGAGACUGCCACAAGAUGUCUGCGCUUCAGAUCCACAUGCGAAUUCACUCUGGAGAGAAACCGUACCGCUGCACCCUGUGUGGGAAACAGUUCACCCAGAAAGGGCAACUCAAAGGUCACUAUAAGGUUCACACAGGAGAGAAACCGUUUUCCUGUCCGGACUGUGGGAAGAGCUUCGCCCACUCGGGGGCCAUGAACAGACAUCGGCUCACGCACACAGGAGAGAGGCCCUACCACUGCUCCGUGUGUGACAGGAGCUUCAACCAGUCCGGCCGCUUGAGGGAACACGAGAAAAUCCACUUAGGUGAGAAGUUUGACUGUCCUGAGUGUGAGAAGAGUUUCACACGAGCUUCAAGCCUAAAGAAUCACUUCAGGCUCCACACAGGAGAGAGGCCGUACGGCUGUGACAUCUGUGGGAGAGGCUUCAGCCGCUCACAAAGCCUGAGGCUCCACAGACGAAAACACGAGCAGAUUCAGACUGAGGAGGAGUCUGAGUUCAAUAUGAGGAAUGAUGACUUCUCACAAAGCGAUGAUAACUCUCCAAUUAAUAUGUGCAUAACAGACAAGAAAGAUGGAUGAUGUAUUUAAAAGACAUGUACCUGUAGUAUUAUUAAGACUUCAGACAGUAAAACAGGAACAAGGUGAUGUGGAAAUAAGGGACUACCUCUGUGAUUAGAACUUUAUUCAUACUUUUGUGUGGUGUUUCACACUAGGGAUGUGCAGCACUAGUCGGGCAGGUGACUACAUGUUGCUUUCCUCACUAGUCAUCGCAAGAAAUGUUAGCGCUAUAAGCAAAAUAUUCAUAUUUUUAAUGUAUAAUGCCAGUAAACUGUUCUAAGGUGUUAUGUAGGAGUGUAGCCCCAGCAGCACGCCUCUUUCUUUCUGUGACAAGAACCUGAAAGCAAGCAAUGUGAAAAACAAGCAGACGACAGACGCACUAACCAGUGCGGUAUGGAAGUAUUUUGAUCUUUUAAAAAAGUGAACAGCUGCAUGUAGGCCAUGGCAGAAACUGCUACUGGAGCGGUGCAUGAACACAGUCUGCACAGACAUGUGGACGUUUACCUGCACGGACAGAAACGUUAGCCACACUUGGUAAACUAACCUUGUACACUAAAGUUGUGUGGGCAGUGCUAGACACAGCUCAGCACACAUUUUAGCUGCAUUAUAAUAUGGUUGAACAUUUAAAGAAUGUGAUUAGCUGUUUUAAAUGGGUCUCAAGUACACAAGCAGUAUAUGUGCGUCUACUAGACUGAAAUUUUACUGUCACAAGUUUUUUUUCUCACAUUGGUUGACUGGUCCGAUUUUCUUUUCAUUAGUUUUUUUUCCCGAAUUUACAUGAAAAGAAUACUAACUUUAAAAAACGUAACUCCCUGAACAGUGUAAACAGGCUUCUAAAUAGAUGCGCACCAAGUGAUGUUCAGUAACACCAACCAAACAUAUUUCUACUAAUUUAUGUAACAUCUUGGAAAGUGUUUAAAAUUCUACAUGUUGGAGGUCACUUUUACCUAACUCUGUCACUGAUUACCUGUCCUGGAGCCACUGGAAUAGUCCACUCACACUUAUUAUUAUGAGUGACUGAUUUAAAAGUCUGUGAUUACACUUGUUUUUCAUGCAGUAUUUCUUAUCAGGCUAAUAGUGUAUGUGGAAAUUUGGUUUAAUAUUUUUGUACUAAGCGUUAUAGUGGCCCAUUAAGCAGUUUAAGAAUCAGGUGAAUCUGAACCUUCUUUCAGACAUUUAGCCAGAAAUGAAACUAAAUGUCAUGAAAUAAUCAAUAAUGAAGCCAGUCUUCUGUAAGUGGCGAAUGCUUAUUAAGUCUUGUUUUCGAUUGUUACUUAUUAGCCAGAUAACAAUUCGGGUUCACCUGAUUUUGUCGUCUUUUAAAGGCCGAGUAACCGACAUGAUUAAAGGUACCAUCCUCUAAUUCUGUGAUGCUAAAGGCAAUAAUUUGAAGCCAUGUAGGUGGUUAAUUAUGCCAUGUGCUGCCUCUGUCUAAAUGUAUGGGACAUGUCAUGUUGAACAAUAAAAGUUCU